AAAACCUAAAACCCAAACGGGCAUAGGUAUUGAACAGCACAACCAGGCAGGUUUGUCAUCAUACAAAUUCACAAAUCAGUAUCACCAAAACUCCAGUUUACACCAUCUGUUUUCAAUGGCGGCGAAGCACAAGGCUGUUGCCGGAGCUGUUUUCCGCGCCUUUUCUUCCCCAAAAUCUCCAAUUUCAGAAACCAUAAGUAGCUGGAAAAGCAGUCUCAUGGGAGCAAGGAUACAUACAACUGCCACCAAACAAGUUGGGAGUUUUAAAUCUAUGGACUUUGUCAAGGGGAUCUUAGACGAAGAUAAGAGUGAUUUUUCGGGACAACGUAAGCAGAACGCUGCAGAAAACGUGGAUAUUGUACACAUAAAGUUGAUGAAGAACAAUACUUUCGUCUCCAUUACCGACUCCAAGGGAAACAAAAAGGUAGGAGCUUCUUCAGGAUGCCUUGAAGAAAUGAAAGGUGGCCCUAAGCUUUCCCGAUAUGCUGCUGAAGCGACAGCAGAACAUGUUGGAAGACUUGCAAGAAAUCUUGGGUUGAAAUCAGUUGUCAUGAGAGUAAAUGGUUUCACUCACUUCAAGAAGAAGAAGCAGGCAAUUCUUAGCUGGAAAGAAGGCUACACCUUUGGUAAAGGAGAUCAGACUCCUAUUUCAUUUAUUGAAGAUACCACUCGCCGUCCACACAAUGGAUGCCGACUUCCAAAGAAGCGACGUGUCUGACUGAUUUUAGGGCGGAAUCUCCUUUUACCAAAGAGAAGAAUGAAACACAUUUUUCGAUUAUGUAGGAUGCAUUUUGUUUGUAAUUCCUUGUUAAUGUUUAAUGCUCAAGUUUGAGUAUUUUAUCUGCUUUUGUUAGUACUACCCAUGUUCAAAUAACUUUCAGUUGUAAGCCUGAUAUACAUCCUCUUGUUUUUCUUGA